AUGGCAAGAGUACUUUCUCUCUACCAUGAAAUCAGAAGGAUUGGAAUUCCAAUUCUAGACGCAAGCUUGUUUCCUUCCGUUCUCAAAUGUUGCACAAAUCUCAACAAUUUCAAGGAUGGUACUUCCGUUCAUGCAUGUAUAAUCAAACAUGGGUUCGGAUCAUUUAGCUCUGUUGGUAACUCUACCAUGGAUUUUUACAUUAAAUCUGGGUUCAUGAAUUCUGGACUGACUGUUUUUAAUCUCAUGGAAAACAAGGAUUCUGUUACAUGGAAUGUAGUGACUCAUGGGUGUUUUGAUGAAAAAUCUUCUUCCAAGUAUGAAGGACUUAAGUUUUUUAAGCAAGCGAAAGCCGAAGGAUUUAAACCCAAUAUCUCUACUUUAGUUCUUAUUCUUCAAGCUUUAAGGGAUUUCAGUGACACCAGUUUAGGUUUUUGCUUGCAUGGCUUCCUUAUUCGGAGUGGAUUGUUAGACGUUGUUUCAGUUCAGAACUCGCUAAUGUCUCUGUAUGUAGAGUAUGGCGAAAUGGUGUGCGCAAAUCUGUUGUUUGAUGAAAUGUCUGACAGAGAUUGCAUUACAUGGAGUGCGAUGAUUGGUGGUUUUGUUAAAACUGGAGAUGGAUAUUUUGCGUUGCAAUUGUUUAGAGAGAUGUUUGGCGUGGAAGGGGUUGAGCCUGAUGAACUUACGGUGGUCAGCAUUCUUAAAGCAUGCUCCCAGGAAAAGGAUAUCGAUAUUGGAAAACUAGUUCAUUGUUUUGCGGUCAAAAGAGGUUUCAACGUUGAUGUUUACGUGGGUAAUUCACUAGUUGAUAUGUAUUCCAAAUGCUCACAUGCGAACUUGGCAUUUGAAGUCUUCAAAGAGAUGCCUGGGAGAAACAUCGUUUCUUGGAAUUCAGUACUGUCGGGAUUUGUUCAGAAUGAGUUAUAUGCAAAAGCUCUCACGUUGUAUGGCUCAAUGCAGAAAGGAGGAGUCGAAGCUGAUGAGGUGACUCUAGUCAAUCUUCUUCAAUCAUGUAAGCAUCUUGUGGACAUUGGUAAAUGCAAGCCCAUCCAUUGUAGGGUAAUCAGGAAGGUAUUCGAGUUUAACGAAUUGGUGGUGAAUUCUCUAAUCGAUGCUUAUGCAAAAUGUGAUCUUGUUGAACUUGGUCUGAAACUGUUUAACGGAAUGGAGAGAAGAGAUAUGAUUUCAUGGAGCACAAUGAUUACGGCCUUUUCAAAUGCAGGCAAAACAGAUGAAGCUUUAAACCUCUUCAGAGAGAUGAUUUUGGUGCAAGAGAAGUUCAAUUCUGUAACUAUAUUGAGUCUUUUUGAAGUUUGUGCUAUUUCAGCAGAACUAAAAAGAUGUAAAUGUGCUCAUGGUUUGGCAAUAAGAAGUGGGUUUGCAUCAGAAGUGGCAGUUGCAACUGCAUUACUUGAUAUGUACUCAUAA